AUGGUAGCAGUAAGUAGAAGACAAGUUCCUCCCUGGGAACAGUGGAGCAGAGAAGCAUACAGAAGGUGGAAGGACGGAAAAAACAAGAAUUACGGCGGAGUUAAGCACCUGUACACGUCGUUUAAGGCAUAUGAAAGGACGUUUAACCUGAAGUUGAGCUCGAGGGAAACGUGUACAAAACUGUUUGAAUGUUUGCAAGAAAGAGGAUUUAAAGUCAACUCGGACAACGCAUACUCACUGAUUGAAGCGUACACAAGGCUGUGUGCAGGAUUCGGGCAAGACGCGGGAACAAUGUGUAAGAUUUACAGAGAUUCGAUGGAGCGCAUAACAACCGGGAAGGUGAAUCUGCAAACGAGUGAGCUCGACAAACUGCUGCUGCUCUUUGGGAGGAUGGGAAUCUACGACAAGGGAUUUGUAGAACACUACAGCAGUAAGAUGGCGAGAUCGUUCUGGGACUGCGCCGAAAGUCAAAUAGGCAACUUCUGCAGAUACAUGAGCAGGGUGCCGUACGUCGAGAGUGAGCGGAGCGAAUCUCACAUUGAUGCGUUGAGGCGAGGAGGUGGCUGCAAAGGCCCCGCGAGGAUUGCAGGCGCGGCAAAUCGGGAGUGCGGAAAGAGGCUGCCAAGGCACUACGCAAAAAUGCUCGCAAACAGAAGGAGCUACGACUUUGUGCCGAAGGUCGACUACUCAAGGAGCCUCUCUGACGAGGAGCAGAAGUCAGUUUUGAAGGGGUGGGACUUCAGAAACAGCAAAUUCAUAAAAACGCUGGACAGGAGGCUGCCGUACGUGCUUCACCAGUACACGUAUUUUAAUCUGAUCGACGUGGCGGAGAUGUACUACAUCUACGGCCUCAGGUCAGACUUAGUGCCGAGAUUCGCAACGGAGCUUUGGAAGUAUUCGUACACGCUAAAGUACGGAUACCCGCUCAAAUCGCUGGUGGUACUGUCUUGUCUUAACCAGGGCGACGCAAUAACGUACGGGAGACUGAUUCGAAACAUCCCAGCAACACUGACCUUCAACUGGAGUCCAGAGUUGGUUGCAGAGGCGCUGAUAGCGUGUGGAAGCUUGGGGAUAAAAAAGGCGGCAAUCUAUAAUAAGCUGGCUGAGUAUUUGCAAAGCAGAGUUGCGUAUUUCAAAAACGCAAACAUGGUGUGUAGAAUAUUCGAGUCACUUGCCAUGGCCAGGGUGCCUCAGUAUGGUCUGUACUACCAGACGAUAACAUUGGCUGAAAGCUUUCCAGACUGGUUACAUCUGAAGCACCUGGUGCAUAUCGCAAAAAGCUGCUCUGCACUCGGAAUGGUGGAAAAUAGAAUGUUUAAGCUGAUAACGUCAAGCCUGAGUCAAGUUUCAGAAUGCUCUGUGAAAGAACUGGUGCCGAUAAUCAAGUUGUCUUCCGAAGUGAAGCUCGGGCCGGAGGAAUCGCAGGACUUCUAUAGGUUCAUAGUGCACUUCCUGGAAAGCGUCAGGGCGAAAGAGGAAGUUGACUACGAGGAGCUGCUCGAACUCUUAGCAGGAAUGGUCUCCAUUCAGGCGAGAACCAGUGAAGUGGAGCAGUUGGCAACAAGGGUGUUAAGGGGAAGAAAAGAUGGAGUCGAUGUGGUCAAAAUACUGAGGUAUUUCGGCAUCCUCGGAAGAAUAGAGUCCAAGGAGCUAUUUCAAACUCUAGAGGAGCACGUCGACAGGAAAAUAAAGGAGUUCGACGAAUAUGACCUGUCGUCGCUGAUCUGGGACAUGGUGGCGGUGGGCUACCACCUGUAUUCGGCGACGUUGCUGAAGGUGGUCAGAAAGUUCACACAGCUCAAGCCCAAGCACUUCAACACGCACCUGCUGACGGUGGUGGCGAGUCUGGUCAGACUGAGCGGAGGAAGCGACGUGGCCUGGAAGGACUUCCUGAAAAUUGUGGACGAGUACAAGGACCUCUCGUGGUCGAGGAGCGAGGAGAACGCAGCGGCAAUCAAAUCGGUGGCGAGCGCGAUCAAGGACUCGAGGACGUUCGUGCGCCAGUUCCCCUACACCAUUGACAUAACGGCAUUGUACGGGAACGUCGACGGCACACGGGUCGGCGGGGGCAACAUGAGGGCGGAAUCGCAAGAUAAUGGAGGCAACGACGGGACGCGUGUGGUCGAAGCCACGGAGGAGGCGCGGCAACCGCGCUUUGUGGACGGAACGGGGGAUAAUCGAAACGACGUGGCUCUGUUUUACUACGACAGCGGACAGAAUCCCUUCGUGUUGCACAUCAGAGCCGAUGGCACACACGAACACCAUUUCAACUUCUACUACCAAACCAGGAGGAAAAUACUCCAGAGUAGGGGAUGGAAGGACACUUUAAUCCAGAUGUGGGUAGAUAGGUUCUACGAAAAGUACAAAUACACGACCUCGGAGAUACACCUUCCGGAGCCCGAGAAGGCUGGCGAAGAGCACGAAUGUGGAAUUGACAGGCUGGCCAGGAUCCUCCCUAAGGGCUACUUCAACAUAGACCUCUUCAGGGAGGACCCGGUGGACCUCAGGUACCUCAGACGGAAGGGCGCGAUCUUCCUGGCCCUGGGCGCCCUGGCCCUCGCGCUGAGCCUUUACAUGGUCUACCACUGCCAUAGGGCCUCCUGCAGCGACUGCCUCGAGAACCUGGACAGGUUCCCCUGCGACUCCUGCAAGUCGGCCCUGAGGGACCACACGCCCUCCCCCGAGCGCCUGGGCCUGCCGGCACCCCGCAAGCUGCUCACGUACCUGCAGCACUCGGACGUGAACACCUGCAGUCCCACCUACUGCGUGGUGAACCCGCUUUGGGGCUCCAGCACGCACUACGAGAAGUGCUACUACUCGACGCUGGCCUUCAACACGUUCCUCUGGUUCCUGGCGAUGCGGAUCGUAAAGUGGCUCGCAAUGCUCUGCUUCAAGCACUCCCUGCCCGCAGUUAUCCCCGAAGACUAG